AUGUUCAAGCGAAGGAGAGCUGACUGCCAGAAAAGACAUGAUGACAUCGAUUAUCAUGAUGUUAACGUCAAGGAGAUUACGACGGGUAAUGGGAGUGUCCGCAGCGACAGUAUUGCACCCCCAUCUGUGUCUUCAUGGAAACUUAUUCUUGGGACGUUGCACCAUCAUAGAGGUGUGAUAUGGGCCGUUUUGUCCGUCUUUGUGGCUACAGCAUUAUCCUUAUGUAUCAAACUGCUCACAGUUGCAAUAGCGUUCUUCUCGUUACUCACCGUCAUCGCCGUCAACCUUGUUGUUCAACCACCGUUCAUAUUCGGCGGUGGUGACAUCGGAAAUUUGACUGGAAUACUAUGCGCGACCGUGGGUGCUGUUGUCAUGGCCGGGGCCACCAUCAUCUUGCGAUUCAUGCAGAUCUUACGCAUCGAUGCACACGCCAUCAUAUUCAUCUAUGGAUUCAUUGCCAUGUUCUGCAGUUGUGCCGUGACCACAGCACUCGGUGAAUGGACGACCCCUCACUGCGGGAUUGACCGCUGGUUUGUAUUAGGGAUGGCAGUAUCUGGGUUCCUGGAGCAGGUCACAGUGACACUCGCUCUCAAGACCGAACCGGCCCUUGUUGUUUCCAUUAUUCGAACCAAUGAUAUUUUCCUCGCUUUUGCUUUCGACUUUCUUAUAUUCCACAUCGUACCCAAUGCGUGGACCGUUGUCGGAGCGAUCUUGGUCGUCGGAAGCGCAAUUGGAAUGACGAUAUCGGCAAAUUAUGAACUUAAGAAACAGAUGCAGGUGGAGAAGGAGGAGGAGGAGGAGGAGGAGGAGGCCUCUUUCGAGAACAGGGAUGAUCAUUUAUCGCGGAUCUAG